AUGGCGACAAUGAAAGUAAUGUCUGGAUACAGCUACAAGAAGCUUGGCCCCGGUGAGAUACGCCUCAUGACCUUACUUCCAGGUGAUGAUCCCGAUCUUUUGUCAUUCAGCAUCUGGCAUACUUCUAUAAAGCAUGCGAGGCAGUUGCCUGCCUCAGAAGCAACAUCGAUGAUGCGACAAGUACAGAACUCGCUACCAGCGGGUUGGACAGUCAAAGAAACGCUAAGUGGGCGCAAGCUAUUCAUGCGGAUGGGCUAUUCAGGAACUCCCAUCACCUGGACUCACCCAGAUCCCGCCGCGCAGCCAGACGGCUGGCAAGACAAUACUGUCAAGCCGGUCACUUGCCCCGAGCCGUCCUAUGAAGCUCUGUCAUACGUCUGGGGCGCUCCUUCGGACAUUGAGCCGGCGAAUGUCAUCGAGCUCGGCUCAAGCCCCGCCAAGCCUUUCAUCAGAUCCAGUAUCGGCGCCAGCCUUGCAAUUGCUCUUCGCCAUCUACGCUACACUGAUCGCUCCCGCACUUUGUGGGUCGAUGCCAUUUGCAUCAAUCAGAACGAUGUCUUGGAGCGUAACUUGCAGGUAAAACGCAUGGGUGAAAUUUACUCCUCAGCUGCGCGGGUCUUGGUUUGGUUGGGUGCUCAAGCUGACGGCAGUGAGUACGCUUUGAGGACUCUGGACUACUUUUCUCAACAGGUGGAGUAUACCACGGACGAGUCUAUUGGAGACGCCCCAAUGGCGAAAGAGCCACGUUGGUGGGAUGCUGAAUACGCACUUCCUUACGACCAAGCCAUAUGGGACAGCUUGGUUUCGCUCUUCCGACGACCGUGGUUCAGCCGGGUCUGGGUACUACAGGAGGCUCUUUUGGCCCAUGAAGGCACUGUGAUUUGUGGUGCAGAACAAAUCCCGUGGUAUUCUUUGCGGAAAGCGAUGGUUGUUCUGGCUGAGAAGCUAGGCCUGCCAGCGGCACUCUUUGCUCUGUUGGGCUCGUACCGCAUGGGUCUUCUGAAUCGAGGUAUGUGGAGUCUACCUCGUCUGCUAUUAUGGGGCACUUUCCGUCAGUGUACGGAUCCUCGUGACAAAGUCUACGGCAUUCUUAGUUUGCUUUCUACGCGAAUGGCAAGCGCGAUUGUUGUAGAUUAUGCCUUGCCGGUUGAGCACGUGUACAUGCACACCUUGAUGAGCCAUGUCGAAAUGACCGGUCGGCUCCACCUGCUACGCCACUGCCACCUGGAAGAUCGUGCACCUAACUCACCGUCUUGGGUUCCGAACUUUGCUGUGACAAAGCAGAGUUUCUUUGGCUUCCGAAAAGGUCAUAACAGGCAACCUUCGGGGCAUACCGCAACCGAUGCUUUCUGCAAGCAGCCUGGAGUCCUGGAGGCCAGCGGACUGCUUUGCGCGACUGUAAAUGCGGUGCAAGACCUACCAAGGGGCGAUCUCGAAACGGCUUUCGCGGCAGCACAAAGUUUCUCGGCCGCACAGAUGCUUGCAGACAGCUAUGUAGCAGGAGGCAGUAUGCUCACCGCGCUAAGUGAAGUCAUCACAAAAGGCCGGCUUUGCGACCGUUACCCGAAUAUCCAGCCAUUUCCAAAACGAGCUGAUAUCUCUCAAGGACUCGCAGCUGUUCUAAACGGCGCGGCAAAGAUGGAGGACACCUUCAGCUACUUCAAGGAAGAGUUCAGACUGGAAAACAGCUUCUUGUGCUCAACCAAGGAAGGGUACUUGGGUAUCUCGGAGGCACGGCCACUCAAAGAUGACUGUGUCUGCGUGCUUCUCGGAUGCGACUACCCAAUCUUACUGCGUCCCACAGGAUCUGGAGAAUACUUGGUUGUCGGUCAAAUAUUUGUACACGGACUGAUGGACGGGGAGAGCUUAUUAGGGAGUUUACCACCCGACUGGGAAAUUCGAAUGCUUCCUGGAGGCGACGGGCGAGAAGUGACGUGCUUCUUCAAUGCUACAGACUCAGCGCUCACCAGACAGGAUCCGAGGCUCCCAGAAAUGCCUCCGGAAUGGAAUAGGCUGAAACGCGACCGCGUACAAGAUGAUCCGUUCUUCCACCAGGACUACCAAAAUCGGGACUCCGGCGAAAUCAUCAACUUCGAUCCGCGCGUCGGUGUGGCUGCGCUCACUUCCCGGGGGGAGCCGGCGUCUGCGGCUGAUAUGAUCGACCAGGCUCAAGAGAAGUUGCGUGAACGGUUGGCACAACAGUUCGAGAAGGCUGAGCGGGUUUGUGCUGGCCAUGGAGAUAUUGUUCGCUUCAGCUGGGGAUAA